AUUUCUGAAAAGAGGAUAUUUAUGAGGCUUUAUAGAAGUCCCGGGACAGCGUGGCUCGGGCUCUGCAGUCUGACGACAGACAGCCCAAGUUGACACAGCGGGUCACAUUGCCCUCGACAGAGGGCCACACAACGAGCAAAGUGCACACAGGAAGUCGCUUCAUUUUUCAGAAUCUAUAACGCAAGCCAUAAUGCAGCGGUGUGAUGGCAGAGUCCCGGAUCGGCUGUGGUUCUCGCCGCUUGUUGUCGUGUAUGUUGUAGCAUUAUGUGUCGCACCUGUAGUGUUACACCCGCAGUGUUUGGACUUUAAGCCGCCCUUCCGACCGCUGAGGGAGCUCCAGUUUUGCGUAAUGUACAAAGAGUUUGGCUGCUGUGAUUAUCAGAAAGACCAGGAGUUGAUUACAAAGUACUACCGGAUUAUGGAUAAUUUUGAUCAUCAUGGAUAUACCAACUGUGCUGGGUUCGUCUUGGAGCUGCUCUGCCAGGAAUGCUCUCCAUAUGCAGCUCACCUUUUUGAUGCUGAGGUCCCGACCACCCCAGUCAGGACCAUCCCUGGCCUCUGUCCUGACUACUGCUCCCAGUUUUGGAAAAAGUGCAGCUCCACCAUCCCUUUCCUGUCUGAUGACCCGCACAUAGCCAAAGUCAAAGAAGACCAGACACAUCUCUGCCAGUACCUGGAGCUAGACGAUGUGGACUACUGUUACCCACACCUCCUCAGCAACCAAAAGCUCACCCAGAAUUUGGGGCGGGUUAAGUCAGACUUAGACGGCUGUCUACAGCUUUGCCUGGAGGAAGUUGCGAACGGCCUGCGGAACCCACUAGCUAUGGUGCACGCCAAUGAUGGCACACAUCGGUUCUUUGUGGCAGAACAGGUGGGCUUGGUGUGGACGUACCUUUCUGACCGGUCCAAACUGGAGAGACCAUUUUUGAACAUUUCUAAGGCGGUGUUAACAUCAGCAUGGGAAGGGGAUGAGAGAGGCUUUCUGGGACUUACCUUUCACCCUAAGUACAAGUACAAUGGGAAGCUGUAUGUGUAUUACUCAGUGGAGGUGGGUUUUGAUGAGAGGAUCAGGAUCAGUGAGUUUCAUGUGUCAGCCAAUGACAUGAAUGUGGUGGAUCAUGCCUCUGAGCGGGUGAUUCUAGAGAUCGAUGAACCAGCAUCCAACCACAAUGGAGGGCAACUUCUAUUUGCAGACGAUGGCUACUUGUACGUUUUCACAGGGGAUGGUGGAAUGGCAGGAGACCCAUUCGGGAAAUAUGGCAACGCCCAGAACAAGUCAGCUCUGUUGGGUAAAGUUCUCCGCAUUGAUGUGGAUGACAAUGAGAGAGGCCCUUUGUACAGAAUUCCUCCAGAUAACCCAUUCAUACAGGAGCGAGGGGCACGACCUGAGAUUUAUGCUUACGGUGUACGCAAUAUGUGGCGGUGUUCUGUGGACAGAGGUGACCCUCGGACCAAAGAGGGCAAAGGACGUGUCUUCUGCGGGGAUGUGGGCCAAAACAAGUUUGAAGAGAUCGACAUCAUUGAGAAAGGUCGAAACUACGGCUGGAGAGCCAAAGAGGGCUUCUCCUGCUACGAUAAGAAGCUGUGUGCAAACAGCUCGCUAGAUGAUGUCCUCCCUAUUUAUGCGUACUCUCACAAGAUGGGCAAGUCAGUGACUGGUGGCUAUGUGUACCGAGGCUGCGACUACCCCAACAUGAAUGGCAUGUACAUAUUUGGAGACUUUAUGAGCGGGCGUUUGAUGAGUUUGCGGGAGGACACAGGGGAAUGGAAGUACAAUGAGAUCUGUAUGGGGAUGGGCCUGACCUGUGCCUUCCCUGGACUCGUCAACAACUACCACCAGUACAUCAUCUCCUUUGCAGAGGAUGAAGCUGGUGAGCUGUACUUCAUGUCGACUGGAAUACCAAGUGCUACAUCACCUUCAGGAGUCAUUUAUAAAGUGGUGGACCCCUCAAGACGUGCUCCACCGAGACAAUGUCACUAUGACCCUCUUCCUGUCAGAGUGAAAAGUAACCUCAUCAAGUUUGUUCCUCUGGAAACAUUAAUCAGUGUUGAGCCACCAAACAAAAUGAAGCCUGAGCCAAAACCCACAGAGUCCUCUGACUGGCUCCAAGAGCUCAUUGACAGUCUAGGAGGGCUAGUCCCGACCCCCCCUUUGCCUACCACAACCACCAAAUCCCCCAGACAUUCAAGGCAGAACGGCAGACAUAGGAAGGGCAAAUCCAGAACGGAGAGUGUGCCCGAGCUCCAGAAUGGAGUAGUGAGGCUGGUUGGGGAUGAACAAGGCCGGAGAGACCGUGGACGUGUGGAGAUCUACCUUAAUGGGGAGUGGGGCACUGUGUGUGACGACCUAUGGACCAUCAAGAAUGCUGCAGUGGUUUGCCGGCAACUGGGCUUCAGAUACGCUCUGAAGGCAGCCAAGAACUCAGAGUUUGGGGAAGGGAAGGAUCUGCAGAUUCUUCUGGACGAUGUUCAGUGUGAAGGGACAGAGUCCGGCCUGCUGGACUGCAAACAUGUCGGCGUGGGGACACAUAACUGUGCCCACUAUGAAGACGCCGGGGUGAUCUGUGGCAACUCAGACUAUGUUAUACAAGUCUAAAUGUUUGACAACUAUGAAAUCAGAGCUAAUUAACAUUAAACAUGUUGUCUUAAAAAUCCACCCUAAUUUUAACAGUAAGACACUGGUAUUUUAAAUAGCCUGUUGGUGGAGAAUGUUCUCGUUCCAAUGAAAGAGCACACCAAACAUACCACUUAUCUCUCUGCCAUGAUAUUUUCAGCAGCUACAAUGGAGUUCAUUAGCAUACAUUUGCAAUGUUUGCUGUAGUCGAUCUCAAUAAAAAGGGCAAAUCUUGUAAUCUUGCAAAUUUAAUACAAUAAGCUUUGAAUAAGGGGCAUGGCGCUUAUUUUUCUCACAGAACAGGUGAAUGCAAAAAGUUUAGGAAAUCACAAUCUAAGGCAGGAAGUGAUGAAGAUUUAUUAACACCAGCAAAGGCAAUCCUUUCAUCAAAGCAUGCCAGAGCUUAACAGCUAACCUAAUAGCUGAAAUGAAUUGGGGAUAUCUAAUACUGUAACUGUAUCCAAUGGUGGGUUUUUCCUCCAGUAAUGUUUUACUUUUUUUUUAGUAGUGGCACAUCGAUUCUCAUCAAGUUAAUUUUUAAUUUUCCAUCACAGACUUGAACGUUUCAUUUGAAUGUGUGUUUGGCACUAUUGCAUCUCAGUGAUUUUGUUACAGUAACACAUUUGACAUUUACUGCCUGAAUGUCAUAUUUCCUGGUAAAUGUUCAAUCCCCUCUGAAUGAAUGUAUGGUGUAAUAUGAUAUAAUUUUAGUAAAUCAUUUUAAUAAAAGCUUUCUAAUCUG